CUCUCAGUACAGUUUAACGUUCGCGGAAAAUGGUCGUGUUCAUUGUGAUUUUCGCGCUUUUCGCGAGCCCGAUAGAGACUCUCGCGCAGACACAUGCAUCAAUAUACGUCGACGUGGCUCCCGAAGUGGAGAACCUGGAAGUUGAGAAGCGGUAUACACCUGAACUUCUUGAUGAGCUGCAGUCUGCAAAGGCCGAUGCACUCCUCCUCUACACAGAGUACACGGCUCAGGCUAGCACUGAUAUGAAGACCUUCAUUAGAAAUAUAUCCCGAUUGACAGAAGAUACUGUGAGAGGCAUGAACAAGACUUUGCUGGAUAGCGCUCCUUCCACAUGCAGAACAGAAUUCGAGAAGCAUCUAAAGAAGAUAGAAUAUGACGCUCACCGCGCUGCUACGUUUAGCGCCGAAAAUCAUCACAAGUUUUUCUUGGGGCAUAUGAUCGUCUUUCGCAUGCAUUUGAAUAAGAGUGAAGAAUACAUACGAAAAUGCGAUACGAUUAUAAAAACCUGUGGUACUGCUUGUGAAACAACAUCUCGUAUGAUUCGGUGGAGGCGGCUUGCGCUAUCUGAGAUCAACAGGGUACGAGAUGAUAUACAACAUUCACGUCAAUCUUACAAGGAUCUUCUGCUCCAUGUACACCGUAAGCUCAACCACUUCCGGCGACGCGCCAACUCGCGGUCAAAAGAGGCUAUCGCGAGCUUAGAGGCUUGUACUAGGCACAGAUUAUGAAUUUAGACGUGCAGUUAAUACAUAAUAUGUAUUUUGACACGCUAUGUGUAGUACAAUUAUUUUCAUGUUAUGAAUUAAUGUUUGUAGCAAAUUAACAAUGCAAAUGGUAACCUAAAUUAGGAUAUAUCUUAUAAGUAAGAAAAUUUACGUACAUUAAAGCCGGAAACUAAUCACAAAUUUAUUUACGAGGAAAUGGUCGAUUACGUAAUCAAAACCGAUUGAAUCAAUUGUUUACUUUAUACCAUUAGUUGCCUGCCUUACAGUCUUCUAUCUAUAGAAUAUCCAUACAAUCUAUUGCACUCCGGAUAUUGCUGCAUGAACUUCCCAAUUUAAUUCCGUCAUCUCCUUUCCAACGCUUAUCUAGAAGCACGCUGGAGUUUCACACCUUGUAGUCGACAUCCCCAGGUGCCGCUCGGCAAGAUCUAUUCGUAGGUUCUUUAAAAAACUGCAAAGGAUUACCUUGCCCCCUUCCAUCUUACCUGGACAGUAUAAUAUGGGUUCGUUUAAGCGGCGGUUAAACAGGUAUUUUCUGGACCGGCGGAUUCUCUAAUAGAUCAUUGCUGAAAAUCCAGUUCUCUAUAAAGAAAUAUAUAGAUAUAAUAUAAUUGUUGUUAAAAGUUCCUGAUUGGUAUUAAAAUUUAUAAUAUAAAUUAAAUGAAUUAUUCGAAUUUGAACGACGUUGAUAAUCGAACGAGUACUGUUAUUAUAGUAUUAAGUUUAUAAUUGUAUAUAAAAAUGUUUAUAGAGAAAAGUUUACUAGAUUUUUGGAAUUUUCAUUAUGAAAACAGAUUGAAACCACUCCAUUUUGUUCUUACAUAAAUUGAAGUCAUAUUUGAGGGUUUACAUAUACAGGUGUAUGUAAUAAUUAGCUGUUGAAAAUUAUAUAUGUGCCAUACUCGUAUAUGUAGAUAAUUAUUUUAGUUCUUAGUUCUAAUUCUUUUGUCUAUAAAUUAUGAAAUUUAUGUAUGUUAGGUUUCCGUUUUUAUGUUAUGCAAAACUUACGUCCUAACAUUGCAACAUUUUUGUCUGGUGUUUAAUCGUAUUUAUUGAGAGCUUUAUAACCUAGCUGAUCUUAAUGAAAUUUGUACUGUAAUCUAAGUGUAUUUCGAUCGAGUCACAGCCAUUUUCUAAGCUUUUGUUUUUGUUUUCUAUUACAUGAACGUGUUGAUCUAGAUUUUUGAACGUAGUAGUAGUUUGUUUAUGAUUUACUACAAUACUUUGAUCCUGGCUCAUUGAUUGUAAUGUUUCUGAGUAAUAUAAACAUUAUCUGUCAGCUCUUCUAUAUUAGAUAACUUCUAUACUAGAUAACUUCGCAAAAUGUACACCUAAAGCAGAGAUGUAGGGUAAUUUGCUAUGUUUUUAGAUUGAAUACGAAAGAGAAUCGCUUAUCGAAUAGAUAUUUGAGAGAAUACCAAAUCUGACGUUUUAAACCUAACCCCGCUACAUCUGUGCUGCCAUCUAGGGCGUCAUAACAUGUCCAACAGGACGAAAUAGUUAUGUAAAAUUGUACUUAGUCUCACUGUGAUAGUCGUAAUUUAAUAAAUUAAAGUAAUCUAUUGUAAUAACAAAGUGUUAUGUCGAGAGUACAAGCAUUUUAGAUGAUAACAAUUUUUUGUUGUUAAUAUUAUGAAUUAGUAGAUUAUUUUUAUAAUAAAGUCUUAAC